AGUCCCGGGCCCGGCGCCAGCGCAUGCGCCCGCCUGUGGGCGCUGUCCCGGCUGCGAGGGCCGUGAGCUCACGGACCGACGGACCGACGGGCGGCCGGCCGGACAGACGGGGCAGCGCAGGGAGCGGGGACGCGGCGGGACAGCGACAUGGCCGGCCACACGCAGCAGCCGAGCGGGCGCGGGAACCCCAGGCCUGCGCCCUCGCCCUCCCCAGUCCCAGGCCCCGUCCCCGGCGCCUCGGAGCGGGUGGCGCUCAAGAAGGAGAUCGGGCUGCUGAGUGCCUGCACCAUCAUCAUCGGGAACAUCAUCGGCUCGGGCAUCUUCAUCUCGCCCAAGGGGGUCCUGGAGCACUCGGGCUCCGUGGGUCUGGCCCUGUUCGUCUGGGUCCUGGGUGGGGGCGUGACGGCUCUGGGCUCCCUCUGCUAUGCAGAGCUGGGAGUCGCCAUCCCCAAGUCUGGCGGGGACUACACCUACGUCACAGAGAUCUUCGGGGGCCUGGCUGGCUUUCUGCUGCUCUGGAGCGCCGUCCUCAUCAUGUACCCCACCAGCCUUGCUGUCAUCUCCAUGACAUUCUCCAACUACGUGCUGCAGCCUGUGUUCCCCAACUGCAUCCCCCCUGCCGCAGCCUCCCGGGUGCUGUCCAUGGCCUGCCUGAUGCUCCUGACAUGGGUGAACAGCUCCAGCGUGCGCUGGGCCACGCGCAUCCAGGACAUGUUCACAGGUGGGAAGCUGCUGGCCUUGUCCCUCAUCAUCGGCGUGGGCCUUCUCCAGAUCUUCCAAGGACACUUCGAGGAGCUGAGGCCCAGCAAUGCCUUUGCUUUCUGGAUGACACCCUCCGUGGGACACCUGGCCCUGGCCUUCCUCCAGGGCUCCUUUGCCUUCAGUGGCUGGAACUUCCUCAACUAUGUCACCGAGGAGAUGGUUGAUGCCCGAAAGAACCUACCUCGCGCCAUCUUCAUCUCCAUCCCACUGGUGACCUUCGUGUACACCUUCACCAACAUUGCCUACUUCACGGCCAUGUCCCCCCAGGAGCUGCUCUCCUCCAAUGCGGUGGCUGUGACCUUCGGGGAGAAGCUGCUGGGCUACUUUUCUUGGGUCAUGCCCGUCUCCGUGGCUCUGUCAACCUUCGGAGGGAUCAAUGGCUACCUGUUCACCUACUCCAGGCUGUGCUUCUCUGGAGCCCGCGAGGGGCACCUGCCCAGCCUGCUGGCCAUGAUCCACGUCAGACACUGCACCCCCAUCCCCGCCCUCCUCGUCUGUUGCGGGGCCACAGCCAUCAUCAUGCUUGUGGGCGACACAUACACGCUCAUCAACUAUGUGUCCUUCAUCAACUACCUCUGCUACGGCGUCACCAUCCUGGGCCUGCUGCUGCUGCGCUGGAGGCGGCCCGCACUCCACAGGCCCAUCAAGGUGAACCUUCUCAUCCCCGUGGCGUACUUGGUCUUCUGGGCCUUCCUGCUGGUCUUCAGCUUCAUCUCAGAGCCUAUGGUCUGUGGGGUCGGCGUCAUCAUCAUCCUUACGGGGGUGCCCAUUUUCUUUCUGGGAGUGUUCUGGAGAAGCAAACCAAAGUGUGUGCACAGACUCACAGAGUCCAUGACACGCUGGGGCCAGGAGCUGUGUUUCGUGGUCUACCCCCAGGAUGCCCCCGAAGAGGAGAAUGGCCCCUGCCCACCGUCCCUGCUGCCUGCCACAGACAAGCCCUCGAAGACACAAUGAGAUGUUUGUAGAGACUGAAGCAGCUGUUUCUGUUUACAUGUUGUUUAUUGAGGAGGUGUUUUGGCAAAAAAGUUUUGUUUUUUUUUUCUGGGAAAAAAAAAAGAUACGACUCUUAGAAGCCUGUUUUAAGGAAGCCCUAAAAUGUGGACUGGGUUUCCUGUCUUAGCACUGCCCUGCUAGCUUUUCCUGAAAAGGCCUAUAAAUAAACAGGGCUGGCUGUUCACUCGUGCUAUGGGGAGUCCCUGAUGGGCACAGACGGGGGUGGCUGGGGCGUACCUCGGUGGUGCACACGUGUUGCUGGCCAGGAAGAUGCCGUGGCAGGCCCUGGAGGAGGCUCUCGACCUUAGGGGGCUUUGCUGCUUGACACAGGCGCUCCCUACCAUGGCACCCAGAGUCCCCCUGCCCUAAAGGGAUGUCGAGGAUGGGGGAGCAGCUCAGUCCGCCCCUACCCCAGGCCCCUCGAUGCCAGUCUGAGCUUGGCCACCCAGGAGAGCUCAGGGGCUCCCCGCUGGGAUUGUCUUUCUUCCCGUAAAUCACCACAGAGUGAAGGUCAGGACUUCAGAGCCCACAAUUCUCACCCUGGCUUACGGGUGGGGAAACUGAGGCCCUGAGAUAGGAUGGAAUAGAUGUGGCCACUGCUGUUGGUGCCUCGGCCUCUCUGUCCCCAGAAAGCACAGAGCAGCAUGUCCUGGGGGCUUUGAGGCCUGCAGGGAACUCCAGGGGCUUCCCGUACAGCAGAAACACACCCCAGCCCUGCCACAAUGCCCUGGAGAUUGGACCCUCAGGGAGGGCAAAGGGCGCCUGCCUGGCCAGGGGCAUGAGGGUUUGGCAGGAGUUGCCCAACCCAGGUCCUCCAGGGGCCUUGCUGGACAGGAAGAGGGUGAGGCGUGGGCAGAACAGUCACCACAGAUGAGACCCAGCGUCCCCAUGGCCCGGCCCCAUCCUCAUGACAACUCCCAGCUCUAGGGGCGGCUGUUGCCACUGCAGGGCAGAUGAAGCAAAAAGGCUCUGAUCCCCUGCUUCUCUGGAAAUGGGUUCCCAGAAUGGGGUUGGGGGAGAGAAAUGAGACCCCAGGGUGCUUGUGUACACUGGGAC